AUCUUUGGUGAAAACCCAUCUGAGAUGCAGGACAUUCUUCAGAUUGUUGUUCAGGCCUUCAUGAGGAUAAAGAAGGUCAUAAAGAAUGUUAGCUGUGUGUUUCUGCAUCAGAAUGUUUCAGACAUCACAGCAGGAAAGAAAAACAUGGAGGGAAGGAGACGACUGCAGGAGAACCUGGAUGAGAUGACAAAACUUGCUGCUGAAGAUGAAGAUUGUGAUGCAGAAUGUUUCAGUGAUGUCAUUAGAUUUGAUGUACAGAAUGAUGUGAAGUAUUUUGCUCAGCUCUGGGAGGGAAACCCACCCAUGGCACCACCAAACCCAAACUACUGUGAGAAUAUUCAAGAACUAAAGAAAACUGUUAUGUCUCAUGCCUCAAAAUCAGAUGGAAUGAAGAUGAAAGGCUUAAAAGAUCGUAUUAAAGAUUUUUGGGAGGCUUUACUGAAUGAACGAUUUGUCUUCAGUUUGAGAAAUUCCCAGAAGAUUUCAGCCUACAGGAAACUGCAGACAGAAUAUAGCAAGCGGUCCUUGCGGCUUCAUAGUACUAUGAUGGAAACUGAGAACAAACUAAACAAUAAAAUAGAAAAUGUUGCAAUUAAUAAAGUUGAGGAAACUGGUCUUCAAACAGACCUGGAGAAGACAAGUGAAGAAGAGGAAAAAUCAUUGUCUACAUUUGAAAUCAAAACCAAAGGCCUUCAAGAAAACGUAAGAGAAACAAAUGGGAAAAUAAAUGAGAUUCUUCAGCAGCAAAAGCAGAAUAAAAACACUGAUACUCAGAGGACACAUCAUGAAAACACUCUCUAUGAAAAGGGCAGAGACCUUGAUCUACAACUCACAGACAAAACUUAUGAUGAAGAAACACUUAAGAAAGAUGACAGCAGUACAGGAAGGGAAGCAGCACAACAGAUGAUGAGUUUACUGGAGAAGAAAGAUCUGGCAGAAAUCAAAGAAUCAUUUCUGCCUCAUCAGGGGAAACUGUGGCAUCAGUGGAGUCAGAAGAACAAAGAACUACAUCGACAUCGAGCAGAAGAGACAGAAAUGGAAAUAAGUAGAAAACAAACUGAAAUUAAGGAAAUUCGUCAACAACAGCAUGUAUCUGACAUCAGUGAUUUUAUGAAGCUCUUUAUUAAAGAAAUGAGCUCACAUGAUGAACAUUAAAUGUUUUUCAUUAAAUGGCUCAUAAUCCGUCUGGAUGAAUAUAUCUCAGCUGACCUUUCACAUCUACAUCACAAGUAUGAUGAAAAAUGGUCAACGGUCUUAAAACUGAAAGAGGAUCAUGAUAAACCUGAGCAACUCAAGGCUGAGCAAAUUGAACUUGAGAGAAUAUCUGAGGAACUUCAAGCUGCAUCCUUUGGUGUGGAGCACAUCAUGAGGGAGAUCGGUCAGAUCUAUGAAUCAUGUUCAUCUGUGAAGAAAAACAAGAGAGACCUGCAGGUUCACUUCUCUUCUCUCCCGAGUCUUGCAGCAGAAAUGAUGGUCUCUGGAUUUCCACUGGAGCUGAUGGAUGAAGAUGCUGCUCAUGUUCCUGUGGUCUGGAUCUCUGCUGUUCUAGAUGAACUCAUCCAGAAACUGGGAGACCAGAGAGUCUUUGUGCUGUCAGUUUUAGGGCUUCAGAGCUCUGGGAAAUGCUGAAUGCCAUGUUUGGACUCCAGUUUGCCGUCAGUGCUGGCAGGUGCACCAGAGGAGCUUUCAUGCAGCUGGUCACAGUGUCAGAUGAGAUAAAAACACAGAUGAACUUUGACUAUAUUCUGGUUGUUGAUACUGAAGGUCUUCGUGCUCUAGAACUGUCUGGAAGAUCAACAAGACAUCAUGACAAUGAAUUGGCCACAUUUAUUGUUGGUCUUGCAAAUCUGACCUUGAUCAACAUCUUUGGAGAAAACCCAGCUGAGAUGCAGGACAUUCUUCAGAUUGUUGUUCAGGCCUUCAUGAGGAUGAAGAAGGUCAAACUGAAUCCCAGCUGUGUGUUUGUGCAUCAGAAUGUCUCAGACGUCACAGCUGCAAAGAAAGACAUGGAGGGAAGGAGACACUGGAUGAGAUGACAAAACUGGCUGCUGAAGAGGAAGACUAUGAAGCAGGAUGUUUCAGUGAUGUCAUUAAAUUUGAUGUUCAGAAUGAUGUGAAGUAUUUUGCUCAGCUUUGGGAGGGCAGCCCACCCAUGGCACCACCAAACCCAAGCAGCUGUGAGAAUAUUCAAGAACUAAAGAAAUCUAUUAUGUUUUAUGCAAAGUCAUAUGUAAUGGUGCUGAAAGACUUCAAAGAUCGUAUUAAAGAUCUCUGGGAGGCUUUACUGAAUAAACGACUUGUCUUCAACUUCAGAAAUUCCCUUGAGAUUUCAGCUUACAGAAAACUGGAGACCGAAUACAGCAAGUGGACCUGGAGUCUUCGCAGUGCCAUGAUGGAAACAUGUAGAACAAACUACACAACAAAAUAGAAAAUGAAGCAAUUCAUGAGAUUAAAGAAACUGAUCUUCAAACAGAACUGAAUAAGACAAGUGAAGAAGUGGAAAGAUCAAUGUCAGAAUUCUUUGAGAAAGACGCUGACAGCAAAACAUAAUUUUGUUGAACAGAUACCUGCACCACAGAUGAGUUCUGUUGACUCCAACACCUAUGUUCAGUCUUUAAACUGUUUGUCUCUGAGAGCGCUUUACCAACAUCAGCAAGCUGUUCAGCUGCAUUGGACUGAUAUUGUACAUGAACAUUGUAAAUUAAGCUCCAUCAUCAACUACUGAUGUUGGGGCAGUUGUUUUUUUUUAGUUCAUGGCAAAAAAAAAAAAAAGCAGCAGACACCUUGGAAAUGCCAGGUAUGUUUAUUUUUACUUGUGUCCAGGAAUGGCACCAAGGUUUGUGUCAGUUUAAGUGUCUUUGACCUUCAUGUUCUAUAUUUUGAUUUUGUUGUGCACCAUGUUGUAAUUAAAUUAUUAUUUUUUAAUCUC